AUGGCGACAAGGACUCAGUUUGAAAACUCCAACGAGAUUGGUGUGUUCUCGAAGUUGACCAAUACUUACUGUUUGGUCGCUGUCGGGGGUUCUGAAAAUUUUUACUCCGCUUUUGAAGCUGAACUGGGUGAUGCUAUUCCAAUCGCGCAUACCACUAUUGCUGGUACUCGUAUCAUUGGUAGAAUGACUGCUGGUAACCGGAGAGGUUUGUUGGUCCCAACACAAACUACGGAUCAAGAGUUGCAACAUCUGAGAAACAGUUUGCCAGACUCCGUCAAGAUCCAAAGAGUGGAGGAGAGACUGUCUGCGCUGGGUAAUGUGAUCUGUUGCAACGACUACGUUGCUCUGGUUCAUCCUGAUAUAGAUAGAGAGACUGAAGAAUUGAUAAGCGAUGUAUUAGGUGUCGAAGUCUUCCGUCAAACUAUCUCUGGUAAUAUUCUUGUUGGUUCAUAUUGUGCAUUGAGUAACCAAGGUGGGUUGGUCCAUCCUCAAACUACUAUCCAAGAUCAAGAAGAAUUGUCCUCUUUACUACAGGUUCCAUUGGUGGCUGGUACUGUCAAUCACGGUAGCGCCGUCGUUGGUGCCGGCAUGGUAGUUAACGAUUAUUUAGCUGUUACCGGUUUGGAUACGACAGCUCCAGAAUUGAGUGUCGUCGAGAGUAUCUUCCGCUUGCAAGAUGCCCAACCAGAUGCUAUUUCUGGUAACUUGCGUGAUACUCUAAUUGAAACCUACUCUUAG